UCAUCAGUGUCCACGUCAUCCGGAGGCGCACCAUCCAUAGGCGCCAAGCAUCUAUCGGCCAGCGUCUCGGCGCUGAGCACAUUACCCGAUCAACGGCAUAAAAUGACCAAAAGCCCUAAUCCCAUACUUCCUCAUCAGGUGGCAGUAAUGGUGGCCAUAAUUCCAACAGUACAGGGAACAACUCGUCCGGUGGCGGAAAUAAGAGGUUUUCGACCGGAAGACGCGAUACAGACGUUCGGCACGAAAUUGUUACCGUAUGAGCAAAGCGAGAUAUUCAACUAUGUACGUGUGUUCUUCGUCGGUUCACAGGCGAAGAAACGAGGAGGCGUUAUCGGUGGUCCAAAUAAUUGCGGGUAUGAUGAUGAGAAUGGCAGCUAUCAACUGGUCGCACAUGAUCAUAUCGCCUAUCGAUACGAGAUCCUCAAAGUCAUCGGCAAAGGCUCCUUUGGC